UGGGUUCACAAUGGCCACAGCUUUGCCCAGAACCCUUGGUGAAUUGCAGCUUUAUCGCAUCCUGCAGAAAGCCAAUCUCUUGUUCUACUUCGAUGCCUUCAUUCAGCAGGGAGGGGAUGAUGUUCAGCAGUUAUGUGAGGCAGGUGAAGAGGAGUUCCUUGAGAUCAUGGCCUUGGUUGGCAUGGCUAGCAAACCUCUUCAUGUUCGAAGGCUUCAGAAGGCUUUGAGAGACUGGGUCACAAAUCCAGGUCUUUUUAACCAGCCUCUUACAUCCUUACCAGUCAGUAGCAUUCCAAUAUAUAAGUUACCCGAAGGAUCACCAACUUGGCUGGGAAUAUCUUGCAGUAGUUAUGAACGGAAUAGUAAUACCCGGGAGCCUCACGUGAAGAUUCCAAAAUGUGCCGCCACAACAUGUGUUCAGAGUGUGGGUCCUGGCAAAUCUGAUGGAGUGGGGAAUUUAGUGCUGCAAAACAGUAGUGAACAGAGACUGUGGCAAGGACACCACGCAUCGGAGAGUGAGCAUAGCCUUUCUCCUGCUGACAUUGGUUCUCCACCCUCACCAAAGGAUAACACAGAAACUUUGGAUGCAGCAGCAGCUCUGUCCGUCACCGAGUGUGUGGAACGCAUGGUUUCUACCCUCCCCAAAAGUGACUUGAAUGAAGUGAAGGAAAUGCUGAAAAUCAAUAAAAAACUGGCCAAGAUGGUUGGUCACAUCUUUGAAAUGAAUGACGAGGACCCUCACAAAGAAGAGGAGAUUAGGAAGUACAGCGCAAUCUAUGGCAGGUUUGACUCGAAGAGAAAAGAUGGCAAACAUCUCACCCUUCAUGAGCUCACGGUAAAUGAAGCAGCUGCUCAGUUAUGUGUCAAGGAUAAUGCACUAUUAACCCGGAGGGAUGAACUCUUUGCUCUGGCACGGCAGAUCUCUCGAGAAGUUACAUACAAGUAUACUUACCGGACUUCCAAGUCUAAAUGUGGAGAAAGGGAUGAGCUGUCACCAAAGAGAAUUAAGAUAGAGGUUGGCUUUCCUGAUUUCCAAGAUGCCAUCCAGAGUUUUUAUCAAGAAGAUCCAGUUAAACUACAGCAAGCAUUGUCAAAAGGGAAGUGUGAAGAUCUAGCAGCACUUGGUUCCCAGCCUGAAAAGAUGAUGGCCAAGCAAAUGGAGUUCCUUUGCAACCAAGCUGGUUUGGAAAGACGACUUUCUACAGGUCUUUACAGGCAAAGUUCAGAAGAAAACAGCCCCAAUGGACUGACUCCAGAUCCUGCUGAUGGUCAAGGUGAAAGGCCUUUAAAUCUCCGCAUAUCAGGUGUAUCAAACAGACACAUGCCACACAUUUCAUUAGAUGGAGAACCUCCUGGAGUGAAGCCCCUUUGCACUGACCUGAGCCGACAAUAUGCCAGCAGUGAGGCAAAAUCACAAUUGCCAGAAGGUCUUGGUAUUUUGAAAGAUUUUCCUCACUCGGCUUUCAACAACCUUGAUCGGAAGGUCAUAAAGACUGAGCCAGAAGAUACAAGAUAGACAUGCUGCUGUUGGAAAAGGGUACUGUCCAAAUAAAGCUUCGAAUGGAAAACAAAUCAAGCCUUAAUAACCAGUGUUGCCUCAUGGGAAAAGGGGAUCCCAUAGCCAAAGCCUAAGAACUGGAACAGUCACAGCAAGCAGCUGAGAGACAAGCGAAUCUGCAGCACAAGCAGGUGCGAACCUGAGGAAGGGGAUUCCGAAAAUGGGAAAGGCUCACAAAGUAAUACUGUGGGGCCUUCUUAUUUAAGAAUGUAUUAUAUGUUUGAGCAACGUAAUGUUUCUAAACAAAUCCAAGUGUCACAAUAUCGAUUACAGCAGAGGUGGCUGCCAUUAUUUUUACUUGAAAUGUCAGUAUCUACUUUCAAUAGUUACGAGUCCAAUUUUUUAAAAAAAAUCUUAGUUUGGGACAUGGGUAGAGAAAGGUGGGGGGAGGGAACAUAGUGUAAGGCACUUAAAGAGCAGGUUUGCAGUGUUUAUUUUUUAAAGUGAAAAAAAUAAGCAAUUCUGUAAAAUGUUAUAGGAAUAUAGCAUUUAAAACAGCUGACUGUAUUAUAACAGGCAUUUUUAUGCUCAGUGUGUAACAUUCUCAGAGACUUAUCUGUAAUGUAUUUAUUUACACUGUACUCUUGUCUGCUAUUUAGGGACUGAAGGGGAGAGGAAGAAAAAUUGUUUCAUACUAUAAAUUAAGCAGAGAAGGAAUAAAUAAAGAAACAAAAAUUCAUCCCAUGGAAAUUGACUGAGUAGACAUUCAGCUUAAGACUGGCAGAGCAGCUGAAGUGCUGUCACCAGUCUGGAACAUUCCUUAGAAUUGUGGGGGGUUUUUUCCUUAAAAGUUGGAAUACUUCAGAUAAAAGUAGCAGUGGAAAAGCAAUCCAAGGAAUUUACAUGCUGGGUAACAAUCAGUAAAAGAGGAAUAGUGGAUGGAUAUGCCACUAGUAGAGGAGGACGUGGGAUUUACCAACCUUGUUGAUUUCAUUCAUAUAUCCUGCCUAUCAUAUACCAAUAUAUUUUGUUUUGUAUGAAUGAAGAAUUGUAGUCAUUAUUUAUUUAUUGGAGGGUUUCAUUUGUGUGAAUAACUUAGCCCCAUUUGGUUUACAGUAACGAAGAGAUGUCUGUUUCUCUUCCAGGCUCCUGCACAUUAUGCAUAAUACCGGUAUGACAUUUUGCAUAAGAAGAUCCCUUUAUUCUGUGCACAUAAAUUCUGUAGUUAUAUUAGUGCAAUUAAAUAAGGUUUUAAUACCUUUGUUCAACCUUCCCCAACCUGGUGUGUGAUAGGAGUUGCAAUGCAGUAUUUCUGGAGGGCACUGAGUUGGAAAGGCUACCUGGGUUUAUAAAAAGCUGAAUUUGCCUACAGUAGAUUUGUCUUGCAGGGGGUGAUUGUGAUGGUUGAUAAUGGAAAUGCUGCAUAUUCUCGUUAAUUUUGCAUAAUGCAAUAUUGCUCCUCAUAUCUGAAGAUUGUGGUCUACAUAAUAGCAAUUACAGAAUCAUUCCACAUACCAUAUUGAAGCUAUUAAUGUUGUGUGAGGUGAACUUUGUCAUGCUUCAAUUGGGAUCAAUGUAAAACAUGUUUUAAUAAUUAUAUAACUUGAUUGUGGGGAAAGGUUUCAUAGUAGAAACACCAGUGCAUGUUUUUAUUUUGCAGCAAGAAAGCUUUUUUUAAAGCAGAUGUUUCUUGAAUUGCAUUGUACCAUUUGGUAACAAAAUAUAUUCCAAUGAGAAGAAUGUGCAACUUAGUGGAUCAAAACAACAUGAUAUUUGACUUAAGAUGGCCAGUUUCAUUGUUGCGUAAAUUAAUAACAUUAAUAUAUGUCCAUGUUUCCAAAUGUUGUGCUGCUUGAUAUUAGUGAUAUCACAAGGUAUAGCAGUAAUUACAGGAGAAUAAGCACACAUAACUAUCAAUACAACAUUUGUUUAAUAAAAGCCAAUAUAAUGUGAUGUAAUAGAUACCUUUUUUUCUUUUUAGUUGUACGACCUAAUUUAGCUAUGAUAUAAGCAAUGAGGUAUUUGCUUUUUUUUAAUACAGUCCAGCAAACCAUUUCAGGCCCCAAACAUAGACUUUUUACUUUUCUUUUUCUUUAAUUUGCAGUAUGUUGAAUAGAGCCAUGUUUAUUUCUAUGAAAGCAGGCUGAAGCAGUUCAAUAUGGUGACUGUGUGCACACAUUGUUUUACACUAUUACAUGAUUUGCUUAUUUAUGUCUUCAUGUGGUCUGUGAAAACAGCCUUUGUAGUUUGUAAACCAUGGAUUAUGGCAACGUGUGAUCUGUGAAACAGGCAUUUGUGGUUUAUUCAACCAAUCAUAGCUAACAAUAUUGUGAUUUAGUGCAACGUAGGAAUCCAACACUCAACUACUUGAUGUAUACUAUUAUAGAAAUAAGAGCUUGAUUAAAAUACUCAGAACCCUCCACUCAAGCCUAUGAUGUCAGAAAGCACAUGGAGAAUUGUUUGCAGGUUCACCUCCCUCAAACCCCACUCCUCAUACAGGAAAAAAUUACCUUCGAGGAAGAACUGUGUGUUCAGAGUAGUUUUAACUUCAGCAUGCACUUUUCUGAACAGGCUCUGAGUCAGCCUUCCCCAUCCUAAUGCCCUCCAGAUGAGUUGGACUAGAACUCCUUCUCCACCUGAGCAAGCUGAUUGGAGGUGAUGAGAAUGAUAGUUGCACCCUCUAGAAGGUACUUGAUUGUAAUUUUGUUUUAAAAGUCCCCUUGAAGCCAGUUGAUAGGUUCUUUGUAGAAAGCUAAACGAAGAGACCAGUUGAUGGCAAUAGAGCCAGAUGUCUUGUUUCUGAACUUUUUGGUGGUGGUGGUGGUG